UGACUUGUGUCUGCUUCUAGGUCCCAAAUCACUACCAUGAAGUUGAUCUUUCUCCACUUGGCUGUGGCGCUUUGCGCCUUCUACAAAGAUGGUGAUGCCAUAUUUCUCAAUCAAUUAUCAGAUGAACAAAUAAUGGAAAGCAGAUCAGGUGACCAUUUCUUUGCAAGUUCUUCCAAUGACAAUGCAGACAGAAGGAAGAGAUCUUUCGAUGUCACAAGCUCAUCUGAGUACAGCACCUCUGGACCACUCAAUUCUCCAGAAAAAGGAUCCCAUAUUCCAGAAGCCACUCCAAAAUACUCAGAAACAAAUGAGAUUAUUGUGCCACCUAGCAAAAAGCAGGCUCAUCAAAACCUUACAGUGUGUCCUCAUCUACCUUAUUCACUGGAUCUGCUCACACUGUACAAGCCAUACGAAACUUGCGGCCUCUGUGGUAAUUUCAAUAGCACUCCAGGUCAAGAUAUUAAUGAGCACAUUGCCAAUAGUAAAAUUCCUGGUGAUUGUCCCAGUGCUGUUAGUAAAAGCUACGAAGUUUGCGAAGAUGGAGAACAGUACUGUAACAACAUUAUUGGGACUUACUUUGAGAAAUGUAAGAGGGUUGCCACUUUAUCCAGUGACUACAAAGCAGUCUGCGUUGAUGAGUACUGCCAAAGCGGAAACAGAAAUUCUGCAUGUGACACUUUCUCGGAGUUGUCCCGACUCUGUGCUUCUGACGGGCCUGGUGUCUUUGAAUCCUGGAGAGAUGAUUCCAGUGUGGUUUGUGAAAAGCCUCAAUGCCCAGAGAAACAUAUCUACAAAGAAUGUGGGCUCUCGAACCCUGCAACUUGCUCUAACGUGGCUCCUUUUCAAGACAGCGAAUGUGUGAGUGGCUGCACCUGCCAAGAAGGUUAUCUACUGGAUGAUAUUGGAGAGAAAGGAAAGUGUGUAUUAAAGGAAAGUUGUCCCUGUGAAUCCAAUGGAAAAGUGUAUAACCCUGGAGAAGUCCGAGAAGGUCCUUGUGGGUCUCAGUGCACCUGCCAAGAUGCAAAAUGGUCCUGCACCAAUGCAUUAUGUCCUGGAAGAUGUAAGGUGGAAGGAAGUUUAUUUACCACCUUUGAUGAUAAUAAAUACAACCAUCCUGGAAACUGUUACUUCUUGGCCAUCCAUAAUGAAGAUUGGUCUAUUAGUGUUGAGCUUCGUCCAUGUCCAAAUGGUCAGACAGGAACCUGCUUAAACAGUGUUACGCUUCUCUUAAAUUCAUCUGUUUCAGCUGCCAAAUAUGUUUUCAAUAGAGAUGGGACAGUCACAAAGGAUAUGGUUAGAAUUAAAGAUUAUUACUAUUCAGAUGAAAUACAGAUCUUCAAAGUAUCUACCUCAUACAUUCAGGUGGAAACAUACAACCACAUAAAAAUGCAAAUACAGACAGUCCCUGUAAUGCAAUUAUAUAUUUCCAUGCCACCCAACCAAUUCACAGACACUGUUGGACUCUGUGGUUCCUACAACAAUAAAGCAGAGGAUGAUUUCAUGUCGAGUCAGAAUAUAUUGGAGAAGACGUCGCAAGCAUUUGCUAAUUCUUGGGAAAUGAUGCCCUGUCCUAAAGGAACCCCGGCUUCAUGUCUCAGUAUUGAAAAGGAAAAGUUUGCCGAAAAGAACUGCGGAAUUCUUCUUGACUCAAGUGGACCAUUUGCUUCCUGUCACCAAAUUGUGAACCCUAAAUUUUAUCACGAGGAAUGCAAGAAAUAUACUUGUUCUUGUGAAAACAGUCAAGAUUGCCUGUGUACAGUUUUAGGCAACUAUGUGAAGGCGUGUGCCGAGAAGGAAACUUACAUAGUGGGCUGGAGAACCGGAGGAUGUGAACAAUCUUGCCCAACUGGCCUAGUUUUCAAGUACAAUGUCAAAGCUUGCAACAGUUCUUGCCGAUCCCUGUCAGAGAGAGACAGAAGCUGUGAUGUACAAGAUGUCCCAGUUGAUGGAUGCACUUGUCCUGCUGGAAUGUACCAGAAUAAUGAAGGAAAUUGUGUACAGAAAUCUCAGUGUGACUGCUACAUCAACGAUGAGGUUGUGCAACCUGGAAAACUCAUCCAAAUUGAUGACAACAAAUGUGUCUGUCGGGAUGGAGUUCUUCUUUGUCAAACGCCCAUCGAUUUAACCCUAAAAAACUGUUCCGGAGGAGCUGAGUAUGUAGACUGCAGCGAUCCCAAGGCACAGAGAAGAUCUGAUAAAACGUGUAGCACUUGGAAUAUACCUGCUUUUGAAGGUGACUUGUCUUGCAAACGUGGGUGCUACUGUCCAGUUGGGAUGGUUCGGAACUCUAAAGGAAUUUGUGUCCUUCCUGAUGACUGCCCAUGCUCUUUCGGUGAAAGGGAGUAUGACCAAGGAAGUGUCACUUCUGUUGGAUGCAAUGAAUGUACUUGCAUAAAAGGGUCUUGGAAUUGUACACAAAAUGAAUGUCAGACCACCUGCCACAUGUACGGUGAAGGUCACGUUAGAACUUUUGAUGGGCAAAGCUAUAGCUUUGAUGGUCUCUGUCAGUAUUCAUUUCUUGAGGAUUAUUGUGGUCAAGAAAAUGGCACGUUCCGUAUUUUAACCGAGAGUGUCCCAUGCUGUGAAGAUGGGCUUACAUGCUCGAGAAAAAUCAUUGUGGCCCUUCAGGAUCAGAACAUCGUCUUGCAAGAUGGUAAAGUAACGACAAUCAAAAGCGCAGAAAGUCAAGAGUGUGAACUCAGUGAGAAUACCUACUCUAUACACACUGUUGGUCUCUACUUAAUUCUGAAGAUUCAAAAUGGAAUAAUUCUGAUUUGGGACAAAUAUACAAAGAUUUCUGUCAUACUGGACCCACGCUGGCAUGGUAAAGUAUGUGGUCUUUGUGGAAAUAAUAACGGCGAUCUCAAGGAUGAUUUCACAACGAGGCACUCCUCCGUUGCUGCUGGAGCCCUGGAGUUUGGAAAUAGUUGGAAAACGAGUCAGGAAUGUUCAGACACAGUGACUCAAAGUUUCCCAUGUGACUCAAACCCUUACUGCAAAGAUUGGGCUGUGCGGAAAUGUGAAAUCCUCAGGGACAGCACCUUCAGAGACUGUCACAGCAAGGUGGACCCCAGCACUUACUAUGACGCGUGUAUCGAAGAAGCCUGUGCAUGCGACAUGGAGGGCAAGUACCUUGGCUUUUGCACUGCCGUGGCCAUGUAUGCAGAAGCCUGCAACGCAGCCGGAGUCUGUGUCUCUUGGAGGAAGCCAAACCUCUGUCCUGUGUACUGUGACUAUUACAAUGCACCCGGGGAAUGCAGCUGGCAUUACGAGCCCUGUGGUACUGUGACUGCAAAGACUUGUAAAGAUCGGGUAAUUGGCCAGAAGUUUUCCUCACUUUUAGAAGGUUGUUAUGCCAAGUGCCCGGACAGUGCUCCCUAUCUGGAUGAGAACACCAUGAAAUGCGUCAGUUUAUCCGAGUGCAGCUGCUUCUAUAACGACGUCAUCCCAGCCGGGGGAGUCAUUGAAGAUAAUUGUGGAAGGACAUGCUAUUGCAUCGCUGGAGAAUUGGAGUGCACUGAAACUACUACAAUAAAUUCCACAUUUACAGUUUCCACUGUAACAGCUACCUCAGUAUUAAGCACCAAAACGGCGCUUACCUUGGUUACCAGUAGCUCAAGCACAGCAACAUCCAUUCCAGUGAUUACAACAUUGAACAGUGAAACAACAGGAACAAGUCCAGGUCUCACUGAGCCUUUUACUACAGGGACAGCUAGAGUGUCAACAGGAAUAACCACAGCAGCUGAAAAUGGAAGCACAAGUGAAACAACAUUCACAGCAGGCCCAUCCACUGAGAGCAGCCCUGCAACGAGCAUGGGCAGCAGCACGACACCUACCAGUAGCGUCACCUCGGGGCCCGGGACCACAGGAGGGUCUACGGCCUCCAGCACGGCCAGCCCAGGAUCCUCAGCUCCGCCCGCCUCCACUUCUGCAGCUACCAGCCAAAGAGUGACCAGCACCACACCCAAGCCGGGGACAAGCGCGCCCCGGAGCACGAGCACUGAGCACCCGUCCUCUACAGGGAGCACAGGCCCAUCCACUGGGAGCAGCCCUGCAACAAGCGUGGGCAGCAGCACGACACCUACCGGCAGCGUCACCUCGGGGCCUGGGACCACGGAGGCAUCUGCCCCCUCCAGCACGGCCGGCCCGGGAUCCUCAGCUACCCCCGCCUCCACUUCUGCUGGUACCACCCAAAGAGUGACCAGCACCACACCCGGGCGGGAGACGAGCCCACAACUGAGCACGAGCACUGAGCGGCCGUCCUCUAUAGGGAUCACAGGAUCUAGUGGCCCCAGCAUUGGAGACAGCACAGCAACCGCGGGUGCAAGCACCUCUGCGGGCGCAG